ACAAAAAAGAAAAAAAAGAAAAAAAAAAGAAAAUAGAAAUUAGAAUCAGAGAAUGAAAUAAAUGUUAAAAAUGAAAUAUAUAGAAGAAGAUAAAGUUAAUCGUUGAAUUAAUGUAUACGUAAAAUUGGAAACAACAUUGAUAAUAGAAAAAUCAAUUAGACGAUUGGUUAUAAACGUAUAAUUAAUAUUAAUAUAAGAAAUAUUACAAGUUGAUCUUACCUCUCUUAAUUAGAAAAUGUAACAACUGAUUAAACGAUACGAAUAAUUUCCGAAGCAGGAACAGUUAUGUUCGCACUUCGAAAUACAAUAAUAGACUGAUUGUGUACCGACCGAGAAGAGAUAAGACAAGGACGAGACCACCAUUCAUGUUGUUUACAAUCAUCGAAUUUCUAUUUGCUAAACAACACAAUCUCGACUGAGAAUUAUACAGAAGGUUUCUUCAAAGAUAAUCAACAUAAUAAUUCCAUUAAUAACGUGUAUUAUUAAAAUCUCGAUUAAAUUUAAACGUUUUUAUAUUUCGCGCGAUUACAAUAUUUUUCUCAUAGAGCGCGCUGCGGUAUCGAUACGAAUGUUUUUCGUAAAUCGACGAUCACGUUUUUCUCUUAUAAUAUGUCGUAUUACUUGUUUAUAUUAAUUACGUUAUAAUUUACAGUAUUCACCCUAUACAAGUGUUAAACAAUGAAAUAUAUUGAGAUCGAUUCGAUAAUUUUUCUUACGACAAAAUGGCUUCCGUAUCGUUGAAAGGCACGAGAAAGACGUAUAGCUUCGAGGAACGAGAAAUUUUAAUAACUUUGAUAAACAAAUACGAGGAUAUCGAGGAUAGAAAAUCUGAUCCAAUAUCAAUGUGUAAAAGAAAAUCAGCUUGGACACAAUUAGCUGAAGAAUAUAAUUCGAUGGUCGGUCCACAAAGUGCACGUUCGGCUGUACAGCUAAGACGUUGUUGGGAAAAUAUGAAAGCUUGUAAAAGAAAUCGCGAGGAGAAAAAAACGCGAAACAAUUCGAAAAGUUUUUGUCAAUUAUCAAAGGAUUUUACACAAUCGUCGAUCUCCUCUUGGGAAAAUGGAAAUGUUUAUGAGAAACAGAGACCGGAAGUACCACCGACUAGCGGAAAUGGUUGCUUACCGCCUAACGUAGUCUUUGAACCAAAAGAUUCCGAACCUUUUACUUUGCAAAGUGUAUGCGCUUCGAAACCUGUGAAUAUGAAUUUAAAAAAGGAAGCUGAUAAUACAUCCAAUGAGUCUAAUGGUAAUACAUCAAAACAUAUUUCUGGGUUACAAGAUGCAAUUGGUUGUAAACAAACAGGUUGUAUAAUUUCAUCGCAAGGAACAAUGUCAACUGAUUGUCGAGGAACGAACGAUCUAUCGAUCAUGGAUCAUAGAUCAACGGACGAAGAAGAAUCGAUGGAACCUAGUCAAUUAGCUUAUAGAUCCAACACGACUCAAAGCUUUGUUGUUUCUUCUCCUUCACGGAUAAAUGAUCCUCAUCAUCAUCGUAAGACGAAAAGAUCUUUGCAAAAGGAAGAUGAAUUGCAACUUCUUGCACUCUCAGAGGCUCAGAUUAAGGUCGACGUAGCAGCGAUGUUAAAGGAAGAAGCUAGAAUCAAACUGGAGGAGGCUCAUUAUCGUAAAGAAGAAGCUAGGCUUAGAAUGCUUUUCUUUACUUACAAGCUUGAGAGGAUAAAGGAAGAUUGAAAAGAUAUCAAUUCAACAUCGUUCUUUCUUUCUUUUUUUCUUUCUUUCUUUCUGUCUGUCUUUUCUCUUCUUUUUUUUUUUUUUUCUUUCAUUCCUUUUUUUUUUUUUUUUUAGUAUAUAAUAGCCAUCAGUUGAUUAUAACGUAAUAUAUAAUAUCAAUUUAUUUAAAAUAUUUAUAAAUGCUAUUGCGGUAUAAUCGUAAUAAAUAUAAUGCUUAUGUUUCUUUCGU